UCUCUGCCGGCCAUGCCACAGUUUUCCUUUGAUGCUUUCCGGAGGCAACCCCAGCAAGAUGGCCUCCGAGGCACCUGGGAGCGCAUCGAUCUGCCUCCGGUUCCCCGUUCCUCCCACUCUCUUGACAUCAUCUCUGGCUGCGCCUACAUCUUUGGUGGCGAGAUCAAUCCCCGCGAGCCCGUUGACAAUGACAUGGUUGUCAUUCGUCUUCCCUUUAGCAGCGCUAGUGCCGACUACUUCAAGAUUCCAGCCAAGCCAGACCACACGAUCCCUACGCCGACGCCGAUUCAGGACAAGGGCAAAAAAGAUGGAUUGGACGAGGGCAAAGGACGAGCUGACAAGCUAGGUGACGUCCCACCACCACGAGUUGGGCAUGCAACUGCCGUCAUUGGGUCCCGCAUCUUUGUGUACGGCGGCCGUGGGGGGCCAGAUAUGAAGCCUCUGGAUGAAGGCGGUCGUGUCUGGAUCUUUGAUACCCGCACUCGACUUUGGACCUAUCUCGAUCCCGCCCCGGCUGUCAAGGGCGGAUCCAUCGUUCCUCACCCAGCACCGCGAAGCUAUCACUGUGCUACCGCGACAGAUCGGCCCCGCGACUUUGCCCCUCCCCCGCCAACCCAGCCUCAGACCUGGCAAGAGUGGGCGCUUGGUGAUACUUCCAAGACUGGCAUCCCGCAGGAUCCCAUUGUUGGCAACGUUGCUGAGAAUGCAAUUGACGAGGAGACGAGCGGUUAUGGUACCUUCUUUGUGCAUGCCGGCUGUCUAGCCAACGGCGAUCGUACCAGUGACCUGUGGGCUUUCGACGUCCACUCGCGCAUGUGGACUGAGUUGCCCGCAGCGCCAGGACCUGCCCGUGGCGGUACUUCCAUCUGCAUCAGCAAGAGUCGAAUCUUCCGUUUCGGCGGAUACGACGGACAGAACGAGCUUGGAGGUCAGCUCGACUUUUUGAACCUCGAGGUUGAAAUGUUUGACGACCGUGUUACUCGAGGUGAGGUGGCUGUUCGAGCCCGUGGUAGCUGGCAGUCUAUCGUAGAGGCUAUGCCCGAAGCUUCCUCGCAAGAGAUUCCUUCCGAGAGUAUUCAGGCUUGGCCUGCACCUCGAAGUGUGUCUUCUCUUGAGGCCAUCACCUUUGGCGGCGGCACCGAGUAUCUCGUCCUAACCAUGGGCGAGGCAAGCCCGAGCGCUGAUGGCCACAACGGCGCUGGCAAAUCCCAUAACGACGUGUGGGUAUUCCAAGUUCCGCCGGUGGGCAUGAGUGCCGCAAGUUUCACGGCAGCCAUGUUCUCAGCCGUGGGCCGCAAGACUGGCGAAGGCAAGUGGACAAAGGUCACCAUGGGUCCCUAUGACGAUGAGGUGUUGGAGAUGCCACGGGGUCGGGGCUGGCUGGCCAGCGCCCCGAUGUUCGAUUUGGAGGAAACUGGAAUUGUGAUUUGGGGUGGCCUGGAUGAUAACAAUAGGCGACGUGGAGAGGGAUGGAUCUUGAGGCUUGCCUAAACGCCUUUCCUUUUGAAUCUUUUUCUCUCUCAUGUCCAUUGUCCUUUUUUGAUAUUUUUUGCAAAUGAGUUAAGAUUGCGGAAAAGCACUGCAUGAAAAGAAAUACAACGAACCAAAUGUCCUAUUAACCAGGACCAUGCACAUGCAUUAUCAACUUGAUUGUAUUUAUCGCACACCACCAAAUUUGGUCUAUACUUUUUCUGGCAUUCAACAUGGCGUUAUGUACAU